AUGGAUCCGGGCCGGCGCCCAGUACUGAGGUAUGACGAAUCUGCACGGCCCAAUGCCAACGAAAGACGACUACCAGUUCCUGUCAAUCACUUUAACACCCUUCGAUCUUCACCUCUGGCCCCUCCCAGCUCAUGGGGCUCCCUGCCUACCAUAUUCUGCCCGGGAGCUUCUUCGGAGGCACCGUUGAAAAUCGUUCUUGAAGAUCCCAGCAGUGGACAGCAGUACCGGGAAAAACGAAUCCGGAGCCAAGAGGAGCUUGACAGCCAGAAAGAAGGCAUGCGGAUCUUGAAGGACUACGGCGGAGCAUGUGCGGCCUGCUACAGGAGCAAGAAACGGUGUGGACCUGGUGACCCAUGCCCCCCAUGUGCUGCACGCGAUCGGGAAUGCGUUAGACUCAAUCGAUACGAUGGUGAGACUGUGUCUGCUGGUGGUCAGCCUGUGCCCACGCCUACGCAACCUAUAUCUACAUCUUCACAAUCUGUCUCAACAUCGUUUCAAUCUGUCCCUCCACCUACUCAGCCUGUCUCUGCCCCCGUCCUCCCUCCAUCCCCUACUGUCAGGUCCGAGACUCUAACCUUAGACCAGAUGGAUCCUCCGAACGAUCGUCCCAGUCUUCCCGAGAGCACGCUGUCGGAGCCAGCCUUGGAUGAGGACCUGCCGUCUUUGGGCCUUGACCCGCCGGAGGAUUACUUCGACCCCUUCCGUAUCGAUUUAUGGGAAGACGGCAUGGACUGCAUCAAUAGCGCUUGGGAAAACCCUAGCUUUACAUUGAUCGGAAACGAAGGGGGUCAUUUAACAACCUGA